AUGAGCAACGAGCGCCCGCAUCGUGGUGGUUAUCGCAAACGAUACAAUAGAGAGGACCAUGACCAUGACAGGCGUCGUGAACCAGUCGAGACACCUGAGCAAAAAAUUAGAACUUCUAUAAUCAAAAUGGGAGAAGUAGAUCCAUUACAGGAAAUACCUCGCCUUGCACAACAAAUUCGAGAGCAAGUCCCCGUUGUAGUGCCUGCCAUAUCUGAAGGAUUUCGCAUUGGUGUCACCGAACAGCCGUACAAAAUUCCGUACUACGCCGCGCUCCUUCGUUUGCUCCAUGACCAGGUUGAAGGCGACACAAAUGGCGCGCCUUCUUCGACUUCCUCUUCUCUCGGAAAGCAAAUUCUGGAAGAUUUCUGGAAAGGGUUUCAAGCAUUCCUGGACAAGCUGGCAUGGAGAGAAAUACGACUAUGCAUACAAUUUUUUGCCCAUUUGAUGGCUGCCAAGGUCAUAUCUGUCCAGUCAAUGGUAUAUUUGCUGCAGGCUUUCUCUACAGUUCUCGACGAGUUUGGCGUCUCCUAUAGUCGAGGGAAGAGGGCGGCACUGUGCGCAGCCGAAGGUUUGAUGAUCGCUGGAGCACCUUUGAAGACCGUAUCUGCCUCGAGUGUAGCGGGCAUUAUAAAUGCAAUACAAAUGUAUAACGAAUCCAUCGUGACCUCAAAGUUUCUCAUUCAACCUAUGAUGUCAUUGUGCUCUGAUGCGACUUCUCUUGACAAUGCAGAUGAGCUGUUGGAUACCGCUCUUAUCCUGUUGAAGUCUCUGGAGGCCAGCAAUUUCGCCGAAUCAUCUCCUGCCUUCCCGCGUCCUUACCUAGAGUAUCCCGACCCUGAAAACACGACUUCUGGUCCAUUCGAGCUGCCCUCCAUACUCGUUCCUCCCGAAGUCAUUGAACUAGAUGGUUUAGCAACUGAUGCUGGAGAAGAUGCUCAAAUAAAAAAGGAGGAUUGGCCUGAGUAUUAUCUACAUUUGUUUGACAACACGAUAACCCCUGAUCCUACUACUCUUCCCGGGUUUAUAGUCCGGUCUAAUUUACUUGACAUCAUCGAUAUCUUUGAGGUUAAUCGAAAAGAGUGUGCUCGUCUUCUACUGGAAUAUCCUAAAUGGAACAUUCCAGGAACUUUCAAGCCGCAACCCGGGGCACCCGCUGCAGAAGAAGGCCUUGGGGGAAAAGAUUGGCAGCUGGAGAGUACUAUCAUAGAGACAAUUUUGGGGUCUCUUUUUAUCCUACCUGAUCCGUCCGCCAAGUCUGUAUAUCAAAUUUCUCUCAUCACUGAGCUCUGCAAGCUUUCGCCAUCAACAGUCGGACCUGCGGUAGGAAAGUCAAUCCGGAAACUUUAUAAUGCACUUUCCGAUGGCUUGGAUACCGAAAUUGCUCGCAGGUUUGCAGAAUGGUUCGCUGUGCACAUGAGUAACUUUGGUUUCCAAUGGGUUUGGAAAGAAUGGCUUCCAGACUUGGCUUUGACUGAACAGCAUCCGAAGCGUGCCUUCAUGCGUAGGGCUUUAGAGUUUGAGAUGCGGCUGUCUUAUCAUGACCGAAUACUCAAGACUCUUCCGGAACCUAUGCAGCUUGAUCCCACCGUCAUAUCGGACCAAGCCCCUGGACCGGAUUUCGAGUACGAUGAACCAACUCACCCUCACCACGAUGCUGCUCAGUCUGUUCUCAACCUGCUUCGCGGACGCUCAAAAGCCGAUGAAGUCAUGUCCCAUCUAGACUCGUUAAGAGACACGCUUGAAAUUUCAGACACACAUAUGAACAUUGACACGCUCAUCCGUUUCAUCGCCGUUCAGUCGCUACUCAGCAUCGGGUCCCGAUCAUUUUCUCACUUGUUGAAUGCUAUUGAACGUUAUCUGCCGCUUCUCCGGGGACUCGCUAACGGUGGUAUCGUGGGUGCUGGAAGUGGCAGCUCUGAAGCCAAACAGGACAUUCUUUCGGCAGCGGCAGCUUUCUGGAAACGAAACAGGCAAAUGGUGAACAUCGUCUUUGACAAGCUUAUGCAAUAUCAGAUUGUCGAUCCUACGGACGUGGUGGCGUGGACCUUCACUAACGUCGCUGGCGAUAGUCAUUUGAGUGGUAUGCGACCGCUAAGCUUGAGCGCGUUCGAGUGGGACUUGUUGAAGGGUGCACUGGAUAAGGCUAAUGGUCGAGUCAUGAUAUCUCGAAGGAAGGUUGCAGCCCUGAGGAAGGAAGAAGAUGACACCAUAGCAAGAGCCAAAGCCAGUGGAGGAGCAGACGUAGCAUCAAUGGAAGUGGACGCCGACGCCAAACCAGAUGAAACUCCUGCUGUAGAGAGUCCAGCGCUUGUUACGGCAUUAAAAGCAUUUACCAGUCUCACCCGAGAACAAAAAGCUGCUUUAUCCCGUACUCUGGAAGGAUUUGUAUCAUGUCUGGCCCCUUCAGUCUCUGAUAUGCACCAGAACCCUCAUGCUGGCAAGGUAAUCACGCAGGAUGCGUGGGACGGUCGUGCGAACUGGAACGCUGAUGAGUGGAAUGCUUGGGAGACAUGGGGAUGGUAUAGACAUUAUUGCAGAGUUUAUUCCCCUUAUCUCCGGAAUUACGCCACGACGUUGAGCACUGUGGCCUUCGCCAAAAUCGAGGGGUCAACUGAACCACCUGCUGAGCUCAUGAAAAAGAUCUGGAAUAUCACCACGGGACAGGAAAGUUAAAUACCGGUACAGCAGUUACGGGUCUCCGAUUUUUAAAUACAAAAUUGUCUCCAACAGAGAACACACUGGUGGCCAUUCGCGUUUGAUAUUAUGUCUAGUGUUGUAAUCCCGUUAUUAAUUUAUUAAGAGUUCUACCGACUGAAAGGACUGCAGAGCAUUGAUGUCAGAUUCCUAAAUUUUCUUCACUUUUUUGCCCUGCUGUUUCUUUGGUUCCUCAACACUACCUCCCAAAGAAUAGCCAACGGUUCCAAGUAGAACUAAUACUGCACCCAACCACAUGGUCGUGCUUCCUCGACCUCCGUAUACCGCAACACUCAGUAGCAUCGACGCAGCUUUUCUAACGACAAGAAUCAAAGUAACGCUCAGCGAGGAUACACGUCCCGUCAUCCGGUUUACGCCUGAGACACAAAAGAAUUGUGUGAAGGCGUUGAGGAGGAUAAAGAUAUAGGCUAAUGGGAUCCUGACGACGGGGAACACGGGCAGGAAUGGGCUGAACGUUGGGGAGAGAGGGGUGAUAGAUAGUUCAGCUUUGGGACCACUGCUUAUCGCAAUCACUUGGUCGGCUACGUUAUGCCGAGAGAAAUAAAACAAGGGCAUGGCGAGAAAAUGGAGAUAGAACAUUGAUUCCUGCCAAGGACUCGAUUGUUUGCUGUCCGUUACAACUGCCGAGGUAUGUUGGGAGGUAUUCUGAGCACGAUGAAUAUAUCGCUUGAACGUCCAGUCUUGGGCUAA